AUGGAGCCAAUCAUCAUAGUUCAUGGUGGUGCUGGUAAUAUACCAGAGAGUAGAGUACAAGGCAAACUAGAUGGUGUUAGAGUUGCUGUGAAAGCUGGAAAUAAAAUAUUGAAAGAGGGAGGCGCCGCCUUGGAUGCUGUUGAGGCAGCUGUGGUUUCCAUGGAGAAGGAUGAAUAUUUUAAUGCAGGCUACGGCUCGGUAUUAAACUUACGUGGUGAAGUAGAAAUGGAGGCAAGUAUUAUGAGUGGAAAGAACCUUGAUGUGGGUGCUGUAACACUAAUUAAAGACUUUGAACACCCAAUUAGCAUUGCCCACAAAGUUUUAUGUGAUUCACCCCACUCUUUGCUUGGUGCAGAGGGAGCUAAAAUAUUUGCUCUAGAGAAGGGAUUUCAAACAGUGCCACCAGAAUCACUUAUCAGUGAAAACGCAAAACACGCACUCGAAGAGUUCUUGAAACACGGUGAAUUUGGUAGAACCGAAAUAGGUUUAAAGAAUGAGGGAGGAGUGGGAACAGUGGGUGCUGUUGCUAUUGAUCGUAAUGGGGAUAUAGCGGUCGCUACUAGCACGGGAGGAAUGAGUGGGAAAGCAGUCGGCCGAAUUGGAGACACGCCACAGAUAGGUAGCGGCACAUAUGCUGAUAAUAAUGUUGGAGGUGUUUCUACUACUGGUCACGGAGAAUCGAUAUUGAAGUACUGUUUGGCUCACAGUAUUAUUAAACUCAUGGAGACUGGUAUUGAUGCAAACACUGCUACUAAGACUGCUGUUGAUGGUAUGACGAAUCGUUUAAACAACACAGCAGGGGCGAUAACUCUUUCGAAGAAUGGAGAUGUAGGAAUACAUUUCAGUUCCAUGAGAAUGGCGUGGGCAUACAUUAAAAAUAAUAAACUUAUCUAUGGAAUUGAACAUAAUCAACGACUUGAAGACUAG